AUGGAGGCGCUGGUGCUGCUGAACGCGCUGGCCACCCGGCUGCUCUUCGCCCUGCAUGCGCUGCUGGGCGUCUGGCGGGUGACCGAGGCGACCAAGGAGCGCAAGUACUGGCUGUUGGCUCUGCUGAACCUCUCGCUGUGCCUGGAAGCGGCGCUCACGCUCAAGCUGAAGCGGGGAAGAGGCUACAAAUGGUUUUCACCCCCGAUCUUUCUCUAUCUCAUCAGCAUAGUGCCCUCGUUGUGGAUUCUGGAACUCCAGCCUAAAAAUCAGCUUUGUCCCAACGAAUACGAGCAGCUUGUGAAGAACCACAGUGAAAAAGCCAGACCUGGUUACGGAUAUGAAACCACAGCAAACAACAUAAUGGAAAAGGCCCAGGAGUUUGUCAACACGCUCUCCAAAAUGUGCGAGCCCAUCUGGACGCUGAGCCUCCACCAGACCUUCCUCCUGCUCCUCAUCCUGGGCCGCUGGCUGCUUCCCAUCGGCGGGGAGAUCACCAGGGACCAGCUGUCUCAGCUGCUGCUGCUCUUCGUGGGCACCGCCGCAGACAUCCUUGAGUUCACCAGUGAAACCCUGGAAAUAGAGAACGUCCGGAACAAGGAUGCUCUGGUAUAUGUCAUUCUAGCCGUGUGGACCUGGAGCAUGUUGCAAUUCCCUCUGGAUCUAGCAGUGCAACAUCUCAACUCUGAUGGAGCAGCUUCCUCCACAAAGGUUUUUCACCUGCUCCUCUGCAGACACAGCGCCGAUCUGUGGAACAUCGGCAUCAGCUUGUUCAUCCAGGACGGCCCUUUCCUGGUGGUACGCUUGAUCCUGAUGGGCUAUUUUCAAGUUGUGAACCAGAUGCUGGUGUUUUUUGCCGCCAAGAAUAUCCUGAUCGUGAUGUUGCAGUUGUAUCGCCUCGUGGUGCUGUUGCUCGACUUCCAUGCCUCCCUCCAGCGCAGGGCAAACAGCCAGAAAGGAGCCACUUCCGGUUGCCCCUGUGAGUCCAGCUCCAUUAGCCUCCCAUCCAAUGGCCUGCUGGAUGGAGGGGACUCUUCUGCGUUGGAGGAGACCAUCCCAGACUCAGUUGAGUGCCUGUGA